GCUCUUUUUAGCCUUAUGUUGUUGAUUCUGAUUUCCGGUAAUGAAACAUAUCGAUAUGUUUUCAAAACGAUUGCUGCCUUAGCUGCACGGGAUAUUUUCUUUUCCAUACAUUAAGACGAUGGCGGAUGACACGGAGGAUGUUGAACUGGACUUUGCUGCUGACGAGCAGGAGAGGGCGCGGAGAAGCGCAGUCAUAAGACACCCCCUCGCCUCUUUUUUCCACCUGUUCUUCCGGGUGGUUGCAAUUGUCGCCUAUUUGCUGUGUGACUGGAUCAGCGAGAACUUUGCAUCAUGUUUUGUCCUGAUCAUCACUCUGCUCUCUUUUGACUUCUGGUCUGUCAAGAAUGUGACCGGCCGGCUGCUGGUCGGUCUGCGUUGGUGGAAUCAGAUCGACGAUGAUGGAAAGAGCCUCUGGGUGUUUGAGGCCAAAAAAGCCUCCCUGGGUAAUAACAUUGGCACAGAGGCAGAGGCUAGGAUAUUCUGGCUGGGUCUAAUCAUCUGUCCACUCAUAUGGACAUUCUUCUUCUUCACCUCCCUCUUCUCCCUGAAGAUUAAGUGGCUGUCUCUUGUGGUUGCUAGUAUUUCCCUCCAAGUGGCUAAUCUCUAUGGUUACCUACGCUGCAAGGCGGUGGGAGAGGACGGCCAGUCUGCAGACAUCCGCUCUUUCUCGGGGCAGCACCUCCUACAGCGCCCAGACAUCAUCUUUGGAAUACUAUGAAGAUUGCCUCCUCCUUUACAGACGCUCUCCUGUGUUUGUUUUUUGUGUGAGAGAGAGAAAGAGGGCGAGAAAGAGAAAGGGGGGAGAGGGAGAGAGAGAGAUGCCUCAUCUCCAAAAUUCCCACAAACUACAUCUACUUGAAUGGAUGUAUUGUGCUGCUGACUGUUCUCUCCUCAUGUUGCCCAUAUAUCAGUCUGGCUAUUGUGUCAAUAAAAGAUGAGUGCAUUUUAAUUUGUUCCUACUGUCAUUGGUUGAACACCACUUAUCUGCAAAUACAUUUGUCAUUAAUUAAUAAAAAAGCAAACUGUUUUCAAGCAGCUCAUAUUCACAACGUGUUUCUAGACUGAGAUGUGCAUUACCUGUUAAACACA